AUGGGCAGCAUUCGCAGCCGUCAGGAAGCUACGGACCAACUGACGGACCAUGAUCUUCGUGCCCAUCUGUUCGACUCGACAGUCCUUCCAGCGCUCUGUUACGCAGCGGAGACGUGGGCAGACACCGCGGCCACGUCUAGGAAGCUACUUAACACCCACAGAGCCCUUGAGAGAUGUCUCCUGAAGUUUAACCGGCGCACACAACACCUUGCCGGUCUUCGUAGCUCCGACUUAAGAUGA